ACUCAUCAUCAGACAAAUUAAGCGCAAAACUCGAGCAAGCUAUAAAACAUGGUCAACGUUGAAGUUGCGGCGCCCAAAGUGGUGGUGGUGGUGUGCUUGCUGAGAGGGAAUAGGGUGUUGUUGGGACGGCGCCGCUCAUCUCUUGGUGAUUCCAAAUUUUCCCUCCCUGGUGGACACCUCGAGUUCGGUGAGAGCUUUGAGGAGUGUGCAACAAGAGAGAUGAAAGAAGAAACUGGUUUAGACAUUGAUAACUUGGAGUUUCUAACACUGACAAACAACCUGUUCAUUGACGAAACCAAACCACACCACUACGUGGUGAUUUGUAUGCGAGCAGUCUUGGCAGAUCAUCAUCAACAGCCCCAGAAUAUUGAGCCAGACUUCUGUGAUGGUUGGGGAUGGUAUGAGUGGGACAACCUUCCCAAGCCACUCUUUUCUCCCUUGGAAAAAGCAGUUCGAGCUGGAUUUAAUCCUUUCCCCAUCUAAUCUGAAUCAAUCCCAUCUAUAUAUAUCGUCCUAGCUAGCUACCGUACUACACCUUGAGAUUAAGCUCAUUUUUUUCUUCAAAGAAACCAAUUACUACGUUGAAGCUUAAUUAUCUUAGAGAUUACUCUUUUAAUCAAGACUGUAGUGUACGUAGAUAUACUAUUUCUUGUAAUAAACUGCUAGCUUGAUCCCCUCUUCAAGUAUUCUACUUUCAGUAACAUGCAGUUUCCCAAACUCUAAAUUAUU